AUGGGACACAAACACAAGGCGCAAGGCGAGGCGGGUGACGCUGACGACGGUCCUGGUACCAGUAACAAACAGUCGCCACCGAAACGUGCUCGUUCGACAUCACCAUACUCCGAACGACCUGAUGUUAAUGACAUGAUCACAGAGGAUGUCGAGGGAUUUCUUCCCAAGACGUGCUCCGAUGAUGCCGAAAAGGCUUUCAUCCUCAGUUACAUCGUUCAAACACUCUCCACAAAUUCCCAGUGGCGGGAUGACCUCAACCUUGAAUUCAAAGAAAUGAGUUACUGUGAGAACGCUAUUUCAAAGGAGGCCAAGUUGGGGAACAUUGUCAGCGAUUGUUUCAAAACGAGCGAUUGGAAACCACUCUUCAAGGAUCCAAGUUGGUUUAAUAUCCUGUUUAUGGGUGGUCACCUUUAUUUACAUGACAGGACAUCAGAUUUGCAAUAUUUUAAAGCGGCUUUCGAAAAGCAAUACCGCGCCCAAGAGCCCAAAAUUCUCCUGCAAACCAUCGACUUGUAUGGUAUGCACCAGGCCUUCUAUAAUCGCUCAUUCCCCAUUGUACAAUCAUCGGGAAUGGGUAAAUCACACCUCAUGGAUCACUCUGCCACACUUCGGCUGACCAUCCCUUUUAAUAUUCAUCAAGAGGUGAAGUCCGGAAAACAUUACCCUCCCUCUGACGGAAAAGUCCGUGAUUUCCUCACAAAAGGUUUCAACAAUGAGAUGGAAGCUGUGAAACGACCACUUGCCUUCCUGCAAGCCCUCUUUACCGAAACGCUCGCGGAACUCCAAGACCAUCCGGAAAUGUACAAGAAGGGAAAGUCAAAAGAUCUUGCUUUGGAUUGGUACAAGCUCAUUCACCAGGGGUCAACUGCAGAUCAUGUUGGCGUAGAAAGAAGCAAGUUCUAUGAACGGUAA